AUGAAGCUUUAUCGUGAUGACUGUUCUUCGGCGCUGAACCGCGUAGAUGGAUUUACAUGUGUCUUCGCGAAAAUUUUAUCAGUGAUUCCUUUGGAAGUAGAAGACAAGACUAGUAAAUUGUAUUUGGGCCGAGUUAAUGAGAAUGUUUCUGUAGAAGAUGUUUUCCCUGGCGAUUAUUGUUAUCUUUUGCUUGAUGCCACUGUUCGACCUAUCAGAUGCAUUCGUCUGACCAUUGUACCGGAGUACAUUCAGAAGUUUGCUGAAUACCAGCUAAGACGUGCUCGUGCAUUGAAAACACAUAACAGUAACUUUUAUUGUUUAUAA